ACGAACGAUUGUUGUAUAUUAUUAAUACGCAUCUUCAAGUCAUCUAAGCAAAAAUAGACAUAUAACUAGAGAUUACCAAAAAAGAGAGCAUGGUCAAUCCACUAAACCUCACUUCCAGCUCAUUUUUCUUCAUCUUCACAUUGAUCAUCCUCUAUGUGGCCUACACCUUCCAAAAACUCGAACCAAAUCAAACCAACAUGCUCUUCUACAUUCACGACCACUUCACCGGUGAAAACACGUCGGCAGUCACCGUUGCCGGUAUAAAUGGACCCAACUUUAAUAUCCAACACUUCGGCACCGUGGCAAUAAUCGAUGAUCCAGUAACAGAGGGACCCGCAAUGGAUUCAACACUCCUUGGCAGUGCUCAGGGCGUGUACGUAAAUUCGCAGCUUGAUAGCAAAGCAGUGUACAUGGUUUUCUCAGUGAUAUUCACUUCUGGUAAGUACAUAGGAAGCACAUUGGAGAUGCAAGGAUAUAGUUUAUAUACAACAAAGGAAAGAGAAUUUGGGAUUGUUUCUGGCACAGGUUAUUUUCGGUUUGUUAAAGGGUAUGCGGUUAUGGAAACACAGUCCGUGGAUUUAGCUACACUGCGAACCACUUUUAAACUCAAUGUAACAAUCAAACAUUAUUAGGAAAACUUCAUGAGUGGCUCUUCUACAACUGGAUUAUAGUGUUGCAGUUGUAUUUCAAUUCAAAUUUGCAGAUGUUAUGAAACUUUUAUAAUGAAUAUUGAGUUAUGAUCGUUAGAUUCA